UCUCUCUCUCUCUCUCUCUCUCUCUCUCUCUCUCUCGCACACGAUAUACACACGUAUACGUAUACAAUCUGUCCGCGUCUCGCCCUCGUCUUUUUCUAUUUCAUUCUCCGUCUGCUUUCCGCGCAACGCGUAUACGCACACACCGCACGUAUGUACGUUCCAACAUUUAACGAUCGUUACGCGUUCAAUUGUUCACCGUCGCCGAGAAGAGACCACGCGCGACUUUCCGAACGAGAGCCGGGAGCCGCCUGUUUCGCGAUGAUAUUUUCCGCGGCGCGUUAUCGGUGAACAUGACAUUGAGGAUCGCCCGAGAGAGAGAGAAUUGCAACGUAACGCAUCGCAACGUUAGCCGCCGCUAUCGUAGAUACCGCGACAUCGCGAUGCGCCACGCCACGCCGCACCGCGCCGCGGCGUCGAUCAGCUGGCGUCGCUCUGUCUCUGUCUCUCUCUCUCUCUCUCUCUUUUCCGCUUUGCACGACGCCGACGACGGGCACGCUUGUCUGUGCUCAGCGUCGUAUGCGUAAAACCCAUUGCUAAUAGGAUGUGCAGACACGCGUUAGACGCUUAUUUGUCGCGUGGAUUGUGUAUAGGAUGUGUCUUGGAAAUUCGUCGAGAGAUCUGCAUCUAAGAGGCAAACUAAUCAGGGUUGCGGGGUGCAGUUCAGACAUGGGAAGUGAGCAUUACUGCCUGAGGUGGAACAAUCAUCAGAGCAACUUGCUGGGUGUGUUCAGUCAACUGCUGGAGUCGGAGUCGCUGGUGGACGUGACACUGGCGUGCACGGAGGGACCGUCGAUACGCGCACACAAGGUAGUCCUCUCCGCGUGCUCCAGCUACUUCCAGGCCCUGUUCCUCGACCAUCCGAACCGUCACCCCAUCGUCAUCCUAAAGGACGUACGUUUCGCCGAGCUACGUACCCUCGUCGACUUCAUGUACAAGGGCGAGGUAAACGUCGAGUACUGCCAGCUAUCGGCCCUCCUCAAGACAGCGGAGAGCCUCAAGGUUAAGGGUCUAGCGGACAUGACGAAUAUCAACGCAGCGGUAGCAUCUAGGGAAGAGCAACAGCAGCAGCAGCAGCAGCAAUCGCAACAACAACAACAGCAACAACAGCAACAACAACAACAACAACACACAAGUACAUCCGACACGUCGCGGGAGCAUCAUCGAGAACGAGAUCGAGAGAGCAUAAAAGAGACGAGCGGCAAGGACAGGGAGCGAGAAUCGAACGUCACCGCCGGAGUAUCGGCUGGUACCAAGGAAUGCGAGCAACAGCAACAAUCGAGCAACAUUGCUCAGAACACCCCAAGCGAGCCCGCGGAGGCGGUGGACAUGACGGAUUGUUCGCCGUCGCCCGCGGGACCCGGUAGCCCGUGUCCGGGACCGCUGGCCCUCGACCGGCCCAGGAGGGACUCGGAAGACGCGGCUAGCCUCGAGGAGACGAGGGCCGGCUCCCUCAGCCCGAUCUCGGUGCACAGCGGACCAUCCGACAUGAGUCUCAGCAACAACACCGGCGGCGGCACGCCCGGCAGCGUGCUGCCGUUGAAUCUGCCGCAGAGCCGGCUUCCGUCCCCGCACAGUACCGAACCCCUUGCCGGUCCGUCGGGUUUACCCCCGGUUCAAUUCUUGUAAACUUCCCUGAAAAAAGAGAUGGAUUGGGAAAGGUCGACCGAGGAGCGUAGCGCGAGCAGCGAGAUAUCCGCAGACUACAGACUCCCACCAGAUCCGGAGUUGAUGGGUGUGGAUGAGCGGGUGUUUGCGUGCAUGUACUGCGGUGCCUCGUUCCUCCACCAGAGCAAGCUGACGCGGCACAUCCUCUCGCACAGCCUCGAGUCGCUCAAGUACCGCGAGCAGGCGGCCCACCUGCAGCUGCAGGCACAGCUGGGCCUCGAGCCCGGCAUGCACCUGCCGCCUGAGGCCCACUAUCCCGCCGCGGGUACGAUCGAGCCGAUGGACUUUGAACUCGCGGCCCACUCGGACCCGACCUCCGGCGUCGUCCUCUGCAAGUUUUGCGGCAAGUCCUUCCCGGACGUCGGCUCGCUGAUCGCCCACCUACCGGCGCACACCGGCGAUCGGCCGUUCAAGUGCGAGUUCUGCGGCAAGGCGUUCAAGCUGCGCCAUCACAUGAAGGACCACUGUCGCGUGCACACCGGCGAGCGGCCGUUCCGGUGUACGCUUUGCGGCAAGACCUUUUCGAGGUCGACGAUACUCAAGGCCCACGAAAAGACACAUUACCCGAAAUAUGUGCGCAAGUUCCUGUCCCCGAGCCCCGUGGACCCUUCCGAGGAAGAGGCCCCGCCGCCGCCACCGCCGCAUCAUUGAGUUCGCCUUAGUCUCAGCAGCAAUGAUCUCCGUCACGCCGUUGUCGCCGACGACGACGACGACGACGACGACGACGACGACGACGACGA